AUGAAUUUCUUCUCUCCGAUAGCAAUCUCUCUUCUCCUCGCUCUCCUAUCGCCGUCUCUUCUACUUUGCUCCGGCGAUUCCACCACCGUCGAUGAUGAAUCUCCGCCGCCGACUGUAUGUAUCGUCGGGAGUGGGAUUGGUGGCUCAUCCGUCGCUCACUUCCUCCGCAACUACUCUGUUUCAACCGGCUUGGAUCGAGCCCGCAUCCUCAUGUUCGAGCGUCACGAGAUAGUCGGUGGGAGAAUGAGAACCGUCACCUUCUCCGGCGAUAAAUUCGAGGCCGGCGGUUCGAUUCUGCACCCGAAAAACUACCACGCUCGGGACUUCGUCGAGAGGUUCAAUCUGACUGUUCGAUUGCCGACGUCGAUUGAAGAAUCUACCGCUCUUGGAAUCUGGGAUGGGAAGAGGUUCGUCUUUAAAACAUUCGGUUGCUCCGAUGUAAUCAAAUUUCCGUUUAUGGAUAAGAUCGUCUCUUUGGUGAAUGAUCUCUACUUGUUCCUGCGUUACGGGUUUUCGCUUCUCAGAAUGAGUAGCUUCAUUGAGAACACAGUUGGUAAUUUCUUGAAGUACUAUGAAAGUCGAGAAUCAAGGCCAAUCUUCGACAAUGUUGAAGCGAUGCUUAAAUGGUCAGGCUUGUACAAUCUCACAAAGGUCACUCUACAGGAGAAAUUAUCUGAAGCUCAGCUUUCUCCUUUACUAGUCAACGAGCUUGUUACCGUGAUUACGAGGAUAAACUAUGGGCAGAGUGUACUCAUGAGUGGACUAGCAGGUGCAGUCUCAAUGGCUGGUUCAGGUGGAGGGUUAUGGUCUGUUGAAGGUGGAAACUGGCAGAUGGCUGCAAAGCUGAUUAACCAUUCGGAUAUUACGUUACACCUGAACGAGCAGAUCGAAUCCGUUUCGCACCUCGGUAGCUACUACGAGCUUAACUCCACGAAAGGAAACAGCUUCAAAUGUGAUGUCGCAGUCGUUGCCACACCAUUAGACGAGGUGGAUAUUCAGUUCUCACCGGUGAUCUCAAUUCCGAAGAGGAAGUUGCAGCACACUCACACAACGUUCGUGAGGGGAGUUUUAAACCCGGGAUAUUUUGGGAUGAAAUCGGUUUCGGAUCUUCCACCUUUGGUUGGAACUCUUGAAGAUCCUUUGAUACCAUUCUCAAGCAUCUCGAUUCUGAGGAAGUAUAGUGAGACAGAUAUGGCAUACAAGAUAUUUACACGACAACUAGCAACAGAUUCAUUGCUUGAUGAGCUCUUCAGUGUGAGAACCGAAACACUUCGCAUAGACUGGGGUGCAUAUCCAAAGUACCACGCUCCUGAAGUUUUCGCACCGUUCGUAUUGGAUGAUCAUCAUUUGUACUAUGUGAAUGCUUUUGAAAACGCUGCGAGUACAAUGGAAACAAUGGCAGUGGCUGGUGAGAAUAUAGCGAGACUCAUAGUUUCCAGAUUCAUGACAAACGAAUCAUCAACUUCUUCUGACACAAGAAGCUGUGGUUCUGGUCUGCAUUCAGACUUAUGA